AUGCCGUCGCGGUUGGCUCUGUUUUUCUAUUUCUUUCUCUUUNUGAUCAUUGCAUUUGAGAAGAACCGUCAGAAUUAUUCUCAGUUGCCCGGUAACCUCAAAGUUCCUUCAGCAAGGACAUUGCCUGCACGACCAGCCGGGAGAGGCAGAGGAAGAGGAAAUACGAGGCUUGUGGCAAAAGAUACCAAAACAGAAACAACUCCUGUUAAAGAGCGCGAGAAUAGUAUUCCUGAAGUAUUCAAAGCCUUUUCAACUCGUUUUGUUCGACUUAAUGGCAUCCUCUUCACGAGGACAAGCUUGGAGACAUUUGGAGAGAUAUUCGCCUCAGUAGUCAUUGACCUGCAAGAGCUCCUUUCUUCUGGUCCUGAAGAGGAUCUUAAUUUUGGUUCAGAUGCUGCUGAAAAUGCCCUUCUUAUCGUGAGGCUUAUCGCCAUCCUCAUCUUCACAGUCCAUAAUGUGAAGAGGGAGUCGGAAAGCCAGUCAUAUGCUGAGAUUUUGCAGCGCACAGUGCUUCUUCAGAAUGCAUUUACAGCUGCCUUUGAGUUUGUUGGACACAUUCUUAAAAGAUGUAUGCAGCUGCAUGAUGCUGCAUCGAGCUUCUACUUGCCGGCCCUUCUGGUCUUCAUUGAAUGGCUUGCAUGUCAUCCGGAUAUCGCAGCCAGCUCUGAUAACACCGAGGAAAAACAAUCUAAUGCAAGAUCAUUUUUUUGGAAUCAAUGCUUAUCCUUUAUGAACAAGCUUAUUCUCACCGGCCUCGCUUCUAUUGAUAUUGAUGAGGAUGAGACUUGCUUCUCUGACAUGAGUAGGUAUGAUGAGGGUGAAACUGAUAAUAGGCUUGCAUUGUGGGAGGACUUUGAAUUGAGAGGAUUCUUGCCCUUAAGGCCGGCUCAACUUAUUUUGGACUUUUCAAGGAAGCAUGCAUUUGGGAGUGAUGCAAGCACAAGGGAAAAAGGAGCCCGUGUUCAGAGGAUUCUGGCGGCUGGUAGGGCUCUUAUGAAUGUAGUUCAAGUUGAUCAAAAGAGGAUAUACUUUGAUCCCCACUCGAAGAAGUUCAUAAUGGGUGUGGAACCUCCAAUUUAUGAAGAAGUUUCAGAGUCAGUUGUUACUAAACAAGGGAGUGAACUUGAGGGCACCAUCGACCUUGGGGCAAAACAGUCAAAGAGUCAGUUGCUUUUUGAAGGAGAGGAAGAUGAGGAAGUUAUUGUUUUCAAACCUACAGUUGCUGAAAAGCUCGAUAGUGUAGCUACUUCCAUAAUACCUCCUAAUGAAUUUGUACAGCCUGUCCAAAUGUCUAAUGCUGGUUGGCCAAUGUUCAGUACUCCAUUUUCUGCUCCUCUGAACAAUGUUCAGAUGCCAGCUAUUUCAAAUAUCAGUUCUUAUAUGAACACCACCGAAGCAAAUAUCUCCCAACUUCCUCCACGUUACGUCAGUCCGGAUCAUCCUAAAUGGUUAAUCGAGCAACGGGUUUCCUUAUCUGAUGAACUGAAGAACUUGAACAUCAUUGGUGAUGGACACUUGGCCGAACAAAAGUUACAGAGAGGCUUGAGUGGGCUUCACCAGCCUCUUGGGUUUGCACCUCAAGUUUCUGCUAUGGCUAGUGGGCCUACUUCCGCUAUGUUAACUAAUCAGAUUAAAGCUUCUGAACUGGCUAUAUCAUCUAUGCUCGAUACUGUGGUGCCGUCAGGUAUAACCACUGAUAAGUUUGCAGCCGCACUGCCAACACCACCUAGGAAAAAUCCUGUCAGCCGUCCCGUUAGGCACAAUGGGCCACCUCCGGGGUUCAGCCCUGUUCCGUCGAAACAACAUGAGAAUCCCAUUUCAAAUUCAGUUACGAAGGAUCCAUACCCUCAAAUCGAUGACUAUAGAUGGCUGGAUGGGUAUCAACCAUCAUCAGCUAAAGGCAUGGGGAUAGAGAACCCAAUCAACCAUGUUUCAUAUAUGUAUCCAACUGUUACUGCUACUAGUAGUAAUGCCUAUAGCGGCUCUAUCAGCUUCCCUUUUCCUGGGAAGCAGGUCUCUGCUGUUCAGACUGAGGCAGUAGAUGAGAAACAGUGGCAAGAUUUCAAGCUUUUCGAGCAGAUGAAACCAUAUGCAGAACAUCAGCUUCAGCAAAUGAAUCCACAACACGCUCUGCUGCCGGAGCAGCAGCCAGGGCAAUCUCUGUGGUCGGGGAGGUACUUUGUGUGAGAUACUGUAUCAAGAAGAUUACAGUUGCUGGAAAUCUGUUUCAGUAAGCUGGCCUGCAGUAUGGUGCCUAUGGAAUUUCGCCCCCAACCUUAGCAGCCCUUUAAAUACUGUCAAGUUUCUUUUGGAGCAUGGAUGGUCUAUGGGAGCAUUGCAAGUGCUACCAUCAUAUUCAGGUGUGACAAGGACUCCCCGACUUGAAGGGCGGAAGGGAUCUACUGGGGGGGUUUUGAUGGCGGCGAAUCUCUUACAACAUGUUCACUUUAGUGCUCUACUCUAGAGGCUUAUCCUGAAUGAAGCUUAAAUGGUGGUUUGCGUCGCGCCCAACUUGAACCGUAGAGAUGCUUUCCAUCUUAUGCUUCACUUCAUCUCUCCAUUAGGAUGCGUCUAUCUGUGAUCGGUAUAUCUAAAGGUGGAAUUGGUGCUGCUCGGGAAAAAUUCAGUGUAUCGGAGGAGUGGAAAGAGGAUGAUUAGCGUGAUGAUGGUUAUUAUGGCGGCGAAAAGGCAUUUCAUUUGCUAGCUAUAUAUUUUCAUCAAGCAUUAGUAUGUCAUGACCAAUCAUGUGAUACCCUUAGGCUAACCUUGUUCGAUAUGUGAUUGGUCUCGUUGCAUAUCGCGUUUUCCUGUCGUUUCGAUUGGUUGAAGUGUCUGUCGGUAAAAUAGUUUGCAUUAGUGUCUUGCUGUCUUGCUGUCUAUAAUAAUGUGCUACCGUACACCUCGAAUAAUUGUGUGCUUAAUAACACUACGGAGUGGUUUCAGAUUGUCUAUUUUAUGCAUUUAAUUGUUA